CCUCCGGCUCCGGGGCCGCCACGCCGGACCCGCUCUCCCGGCGCUGCGCUGGGUCGGACGCCAGGUCUGCGCGCCGCGGCUGAGCGCCCACUCGCCCUGCGGAAAGAGCCGAGCAGGGACCGGCGGAGGCGGCAGCGGGAGAGCGGAGCGGCCGCCGGAGGAGGCGGCGGUCUGGAGCCGCAGCAGCAGGAGACCGGCAGGCAGAAGCUCGGGGCUCCGAGGCGCGCGCUCCCCUGGCCAGGGAUGGGUCCCGGCGCGGCCCGGCCCCCGACCGGCCCGCCGGGCAGAAACUGACUUGCGGGUCCCCAGAGUCCGGCGGACGACUGGACAAAAGGAAGCACGGACUGACUGCCAGGAGCCUCCCGGCGGGACCUCGCGUGCCGCGCACCCGGAGCAGCGCCCCCCGCCGGAGCCGCGCCUGGCGAGCCGGCUAGGGAGCUGGACUGAUUGGCGGCCGCCGGCGGCCGGGGGAGGGGGCGCCGCGCGGGGCCAUGGCAGGCUCGAAGGCGUCCUAGCCCGAGUCCGACCGGAUCCGAGCCCGCGCCGCCGCCACAGCCGCCUCUCCGAGCCCGGGUCCCCGUCGCCGCCGCGCCCCCUGCGGGAGAUGGAACAGAGGAACCGGCUCGGCGCUCCCAGAUACCUGCCGCCGCUGGUGCUGCGCGCCCUGCUGCUCUUCGUGGCCGAGGCGACAUUCACCGAAGUCCCCAAAGAUGUGACCGUACGUGAGGGAGACGACAUCGAAAUGCCCUGCGCCUUCCGGGCCAGUGGAGCCACCUCGUACUCGCUGGAGAUUCAGUGGUGGUAUCUCAAGGAGCCUCCCCGAGAGCUGCUGCACGAGCUGGCGCUCAGCGUGCCCGGCGCCCGGAGCAAGGUAACAAAUAAGGAUGCGACUAAAAUCAGCACGGUGCGCGUGCAGGGCAACGACAUCUCGCACCGGCUGCGGCUGUCGGCCGUGCGGCGGCAGGACGAGGGCGUGUAUGAGUGCCGCGUGUCGGACUACAGCGACGACGACACGCAGGAGCACACGGCCCAGGCGCUGCUGCGCGUGCUCGCGCGCUUCGCACCGCCCGACGUGCAGGCCGCGGAGGCCGUGUCCCACAUUCAGAGCGGCGGCCCGCGCCGCCACGGCCCCGCCAGCGCCGCCCGGGCCGACGGCGCCCAGGAGCCCGGCCGCGGCGACAAGAGCCCGCCUCCCGGGGGCCCUCCCGCCGCCCCCGCCCCGGGCGUCCCCGAGGCCGCCGCCGCCUCCGCGGCGCACAGAGCCGCGACCACCGUGGCGGCCGCCGCCUCGUCCGCGCCGCCGCCGCCCCGCGAGGCGGCCCUUCUGCGCCAGAGGCACUCAGGCACCGGCCCAAACUAUGCCACAGACCCGCUCCUGUCCCUGUUCCUGUUGGCCCUCCAUGAGUUCCUGCACCUGCUGGCGGGGCCCUGACAGACCCAGCGUCCUGUGCUCCUGAGCGGCCCACACGGCUGCCCAGCCCUGGGUGAGGACCGCAUCGCCAGAUGGACACAGACAGACUCAGAGACGCAUGACCAACCCACGUGGAAAGCAAAUAAACCGUGUUUUUGGGGGAAGUUACACAAAUGUAGACCACCUAAAAUAAUGCAUCUAGUUUCCAAAUAAGAUGGAAUUUGGACCCUGCAAUAUGCAUGGGAUCAAUGAUUUCUCUAUUUUAAUGUAUUUUUCUUUUCAAACUUUUCUUCAAAGUCUUCAUUUUGCACGAACUGUUGAGCAGUUAUCUUUAGGAUACUAUGUAAAAAUGUCAGGUCAAAGCCUUUUUGACAAAGCAAAAUAUUUUUAGUAGAUUAUUGUGUUUAGGAAAUUUUUUAAUUUACUUUU